UGUUCUAUGAAAGGAAAAAGGAAAAUAAUGCAUACGAAUGAGCAGCUGUAAGCGGCUACAGGUACUCAACUCUCACAUUUCCGGUGCUCCCCAACAGUCUUCUGCGAUGGCGUCUGAGAAAGACGCAGCUCUUGCUGCCGUUGCCUCCGACUCUCCCACCAUCUUUGACAAGAUUAUUAACAAGCAAAUACCAGCAAAUGUGGUUUAUGAGGAUGAUAAGGUUCUUGCAUUCAGGGACAUUGCUCCUCAAGCACCAACACACAUUUUGCUUAUUCCAAAAGUUAGGGAUGGUUUGACUGGUCUGUCUAAGGCUGAGGAGAGGCAUUGUGAGAUUCUUGGUCAUCUUCUGUACACUGCAAAGGUUGUAGCAAAGCAAGAAGGUCUUGAAGAAGGUUUCAGAAUUGUGAUCAAUGAUGGACCAAAUGGGUGCCAAUCUGUUUACCAUCUUCAUGUUCACCUCCUUGGGGGACGACAAAUGAACUGGCCACCUGGCUAAUCUAAUAUGGCAUUUCCCUCACUACUCAAAAAAGCCUAGUUGUUUGAUAUUAUUGACUGAAUUGUAAUGCACAUUUAUGGGCUGUGUUUGCCUUGAAAUUUAAACCAAUUAGCAGGACCCCCCUACUAUUAAUGGCAAUGUUCAUAAUAAUAAUAAAUCUAGGCUUUGAGUACA